AUGAGUUCCAGAAAAUCAACUUCGAAGAAAUCGUGUAGAAGUUUUGGUUCCCAGAAGCGGAGCGGCAGGUACCACUCCGACAGCACGGACAGUUCGACUUCUUACACCUCUUCCUCGGAGUCCACGUUUUCGGAGGAUUGCGAUUGUUCGGAAUGCGAUUGUUUCGAAUUCGAUAGCUCGCCCCGAAGGGCGAAACGAAGAACGAGCCGAAAGGGGAAACGGAACAACGGGAGACGAUCCUCCAACAAGUCGUCGAAAUCGUCCUGCGACAACAGAUCGUCGUACAAGUCUUCCAAAAAGAAAACUUCUGGAAGAAGCAAAAGACGAUCGUCGUCCUCGUCAUGCUCGUCUUCCUCGGAUUCUUCGAGUUCGUACACAAGCGAUGGAGAAUAUUGCGGUUGCGGCACGUCUGACAGGCCACGUCAAAGAAGCAAAGUUUGA